UCGACCGGGCCUCCUGCGCGUCCCGGCGCCCGAGGUCGGGGGCGGGGCUACUCAGAGCCUGGGCUGGAGGGGGCCGUUCUAACUGCCAGCGCGGUCGCCAAGUUCGGGGGUAGCCCCGGAGUUCGUCCUCCCAGCCUCAGAAAUAGGACCUACAGAUUUGGUCGUAUAAUUGUAAAAUUUGGGCUCCUGGAAGGACCUCGGCCAUAACCCAUUCCUUUACGGGACGCGGAAACCUAGGCUCCCCUGUCCUGCGUCGAGCAGACUCUACCUGUGUGGACUGACGCUUUGUGGACCAGGAUGUGAGGUGUGGAAGCCUCAGACAAAGGGCGCUGGCCCAUCGUCCUUCAGAGGGAGAUGGGAUUUUAGGGGGUAAAUCUUUAUUUAAGGAAGGGGGGUUCAGGUGGCAGAUGAGAGAAGAGACAGUCCAAAAAGCGCGGGUGCCUCUGCCAGUCACCGAAUGCCCACUGGCUACGUCUCAAUGGCCCUGGCCUGGCUUUGAAGCUCAGGAAGGAAGCAGAAGGACUAGCGGAGACAAAAGGAGCCAUAUUUGACCAGGACUGUGGGAAGGUCGUAUUCAUGCUGGAGGCUCUUGUGAGGAGAUGAGUUGGUGAACAGAGAAACCGGCAUGAAGAUGCUCCCAGGAGUGGGCGUGUUUGGGACCGGCAGCUCCGCCCGGGUUCUGGUCCCACUGCUGAGGGCAGAAGGGUUCACCGUGGAGGCCCUGUGGGGGAAGACUGAGGAGGAGGCAAAGCAGCUUGCCGAGGAGAUGAACAUCACCUUCUACACCAGCCGGACCGAUGAUGUCUUGCUGCAUCAAGACGUGGAUCUUGUGUGCAUCAAUAUCCCCCCUCCACUGACCCGGCAAAUAUCUGUGAAGGCUCUAGGUAUUGGGAAGAAUGUCGUGUGUGAGAAAGCGGCAACCUCAGUGGAUGCCUUCCGGAUGGUGACUGCCUCACGCUACUACCCACAGCUGAUGAGCCUGGUAGGGAACGUGCUGCGCUUCCUGCCGGCCUUUGUGCGCAUGAAGCAGCUGAUCGCGGAGCACUACGUGGGCGCAGUCAUGAUCUGCGAUGCCCGCAUCUACUCAGGCAGCCUGCUCAGCCCCAGCUACGGCUGGAUCUGUGAUGAGCUCAUGGGCGGCGGGGGCCUGCACACCAUGGGCACCUACAUUGUGGACCUGCUGACCCACCUGACCGGCCGCAGAGCUGAAAAGGUGCAUGGGCUGCUCAAGACCUUUGUGAGGCAGAACGCAGCCAUCCGUGGCAUCCGGCACGUCACCAGUGAUGACUUCUGCUUCUUCCAGAUGCUAAUGGGUGGGGGCGUAUGCAGCACAGUAACACUUAACUUCAACAUGCCAGGUGCCUUUGUGCAUGAGGUCAUGGUGGUGGGCUCUGCAGGACGCCUCGUUGCCCGAGGAGCGGACCUCUACGGGCAGAAAAACUCUGCCACGCAAGAGGAACUGCUCCUGAGGGAUUCGCUGGCUGUGGGAGCAGGGCUGCCUGAGCAGGGGCCCCAGGAUGUCCCGCUGCUCUACCUGAAGGGCAUGGUCUACAUGGUGCAGGCCCUGCGCCAGUCCUUCCAGGGGCAGGGGGACCGCCGCACAUGGGACCACACCCCUGUCUCGAUGGCCGCCUCGUUUGAGGAUGGGCUGUACAUGCAGAGUGUGGUGGAUGCCAUCAAAAAGUCGAGUAGAUCCGGGGAGUGGGAGGCUGUGGAGGUGCUGACGGAAGAACCCAACACCAACCAGAACCUCUGUGAGGCGCUCCAGCGGAAUAACCUGUGAGCCCACACGUGGGCUGCCUUCCAUGGGGCAGAGGGGCUGGGGAGGGACCAGAAGCUGAGACGGGAGGGCUUGGCCAUAGCACAGACAGUGUCUUUCAUUUCACCAGUCAACUUGGGCGGUCCAGGUGAAGCCCAGGGUGGCCCUGGGAAAACGCCCCCUGCAGUGCUUAUUUACUCCUCAGACUUGUGGGGUAGUGAUGGAGCUGAGGGCUAGCACAGUGUACCGGGGUGCAGCUGUCCCCCCGCCUCUGCAUAGUCAUGCUGAUGAGCAGAGCCAGCCAGAGCUUGACUUGGAGGCUGCUUUCACCUAUUUGUGGUCCUAACUAGGUGAGGAGGCACAGCAAGGACCCAGCUUGGCUGAUUCCUCAGCCUGAGGAAAAAUGACAAGAAGCCUUGUUUUCAUGCCCUUCCUGGGCUAGGGCAUCUCAGGAAUGGUGAGGGCAUUGAGUCAUCCCUCAGGGAUCCGUACCUGCCCUCCUUCCCAUAUGACCAGGCCCUUCCAGCCUCUAGGCUGCCCCUUCCCUGGCAGGGAGGAGGGCUUCUUCAUUAGGUAAGCUGUCAGGGGCUGUUGACCUGGGGCAAAGGGCCCCUGACUUGGCAGAGAGGAGAUAGGGAGGGUUUUGGGAUAUCUGAUAAAUGUUAAUAAAUAAAUCAGAAAGUCUGACACUAUGUCAUGUGGUUGUCGG